AUGGCGAGAAGUUGCAGAAGCAGAUACCUUGUUUGGGAGGAUGUUACAGUGACACUCGCCAAUGGCAAGAAGCAGAAGAACAAGAAGUGCUUGGUGAGUGGGCUUACUGGGCUUGCAGAGUCUCAUCGGAUCAUGGCGGUUAUGGGCCCGUCUGGCUCUGGCAAAUCCACCUUCCUCGACGCUUUAGCCGGCAGGCUCUCACCUCAAGCUUCCAUGGCGGGGAAGGUCCUGCUCAGAGGCGGCAGCCCGCCGCCGGCCGGCGAGAAGAUGAACCGAAGCAGCUCCCUCAUCAGCUGCCGAGAUGUGUCCUACGUGACACAAGAAGACGUGUUCCUCGGGACCCUGACGGUUAAAGAAACGCUCUACUUCGGCGCCCGCCUCCGGCUGCCGGAGCUAACCACCGCCGAGCUCGACGAAGCCAUCGACGAAACACUAACAAAGAUGGGCCUCGAGGAAUGCGCCGACAACACGAUCGGGAACUGGCACCUGAGGGGGAUAAGCGGCGGGGAGAGGCGGCGGCUGAGCAUCGCCGUCGAGAUACUGGCGCAGCCCCAGGUGCUGUGCCUCGACGAGGCAACCACCGGGCUCGACAGCGCCGCCGCGUUCUUCGUCGUGCAGGCCCUCCGCAACGUCGCUCGCCGCGACGGCAAGAUCGUGGUUUGCUCCAUCCACCAGCCCACCGACGACGUGUUCCGGCUCUUCGACGACCUCCUGCUCAUCUCCGCCGGCGAAGCCGUCUAUUUUGGUGAAUCCCAGGGCGCCGUCAAGUUCUUUGCAGAUUCAGGGUUCCCAUGCCCAACUAGAAGAAACCCGCCGGACCAUUUCCUCCGGUGCAUUACUCCGGAGUUCGAUCAAGUCUUUGCUGCCCUAAAGCAGACACAAAGAAUAAACUAUGUCGAACUCUCAGCAACAGAUGGGUUAGUGGACCUGACAACAGCAGAGAUCAGAGCGACUCUCGUGGCGAAAUAUAAGUCGUCCAUUUUCCCCGAGAUUGCGAGGAAAAAGAUUCUGGAACUCGCACAUCAGGAGAAACAUGACUAUGAUGACGAGGAUGAUGAUUAUGAUGGGCAGAGAAGGAUUGUGCAGCAGCAGCAGCAGCGGCCUAAACAACGGUGGUGGAACCAAUUCUGCACACUGACACAUCGCUCCAGCCUCAACAUGACCAGAGACCUCGGAUACUACUGGCUCCGGAUCAUCUUCUACAGCUUGGUGGCACUCAGCACCGGCUCCUUGGAGUUCGACAUUGGAACUGCCAGUGACUCUGUGAUAGCCAGAGGCAAGGUUGUCGCUUUCCUCUAUGGCAUCAUGAUCUGCUUGUCCAUCGGCGGCUUGCCUUUCUUCCUCGAUGAAAUCAAGGUAUUCAAAGGCGAGACAAUGGCCGGUUACUACGGAGAGCCAGCCUACGUGCUGUCCAACUUCCUCUCCUCGUUACCUUUCACCAUAGUCAUAUCCUUCUCCUCGGGAUCCAUAAUGUACAGCAUGGUCAAGUUUCAUCCCGGGUUCUCGCACUUGCUCUACUUCUGCAUCAACCUCUUCUUUUGCAUCUCCAUCUCCGAAGCCUCCGUCUUUGUCACUGCUUCCCUCAUCUCCAAUCCAUUGCCGUCCAUGGGGGCAGCUAUUGGUGUGACCGUGCUAAACCUGAUGCCAUCAAAUGUAUUCCGGCCAUUACCUGAACUUCCUAAGAUCUUCUGGAGGUACCCUUUAUCCUACAUCAGUUUUGCAGCUUGGGGAACACAGGGGAACUUGAAGAACGACAUGAUGGGACUAGAGUUUGAUGCUGUGGUACCUGGUGAAGCAAAGAUAAAAGGUGAAGUUAUUCUGCAGGAUACUUACGGUAUCGACCUGCAGUACUCAAAGUGGUGGGAUGUAGUAGCUCUCUUCUGCUUGCUGCUAUGUUACAGGCUACUCCUAAUCAUUACACUUCGCUGCAAGCAGAGAAUGUCAUCACCAUUCCGCAGAAUUUAA